UUAAUAAAUGUAUAUAGGCUUUAGCUACCUUCUUAUAGAUCCAGGGCAAUCUUUCCGCCUAGUACGUAAAAUGUUGACCAUGUUCACAGGGGUACCCGCAGUCCACUCUUCGCGGCCUCGCGUUUUUCAGCCCUCCAUUUGGGCAAUUCUAGUAUGGUUACGUGUGGGUCCAUGGAAUGACUGAAUUACUUACCUAUAAUGGUACCGUCAUUGCCAGGCUAUAUAUCAUGACUCUUUGUGCCAACCCGAGCAGUUUUUGUUCUUGUGAUUUUGUGCCUUGUGUCGUGAACUAUUUUAUUGUUGGCUGACCUACAGCAUCACCCCCCCAAACAAAAACAUUAGUAGACUGGGGUUAUCGUUACAUUGGACUAACUCAAACGAUACCUUAAGUCUGGGAAGAACGCUAUUGGCUUGUCCCAUUUUGGGGGGAUUUGGACAAUAUGGCUUCCGCUAUCGACAAAGACGUGGAAAAGCUUGAGGUCGAAUCAAGACCAGGCACUGGCCGGGAAAGGUCCCUUGCAGCACGUUCCUUAUCCCAAAUACGCUCCUCGUCGAUCACUCGCAUCCGAUCAAAUAACGGGCAUGGUGUUGCCGACUUAGAAGACGGCGAUGCCACAGACGACACACUCACUCCCGCUCAACCUCAAACCGAGAAAGACCCUUUCGAGGUAGCCUGGGAUGGUGACGAUGAUCUAAUGAACCCUCGAAGUAUGAAUAUAAUCCGAAAAUGGCUUGUGGUGAUAACUGUCUGUAUGGGGAGUUUAUGUGUUACAUGCACAAGCUCUAUCUAUGCAUCAACGUAUAACCAAAUGAAUCCUGAGUUUCAUAUAUCGAGUAUUGUUGGCACGCUUGGGUUAUCACUUUUCGUCCUCGGUAUUGCUCUUGGCCCGCUCCUCAUGAGCCCCCUGAGCGAAUUCGUUGGCCGUAGGCCGAUUUAUCUUGCAUCCUGGGCAAUGUUCCUAAUAUGGUUGAUACCAAGUGCUGUUGCACACAAUGCUGCGACAAUGCUAGUGGCACGAUUCAUCGAUGGAUUUGCUGGGAGCUCAUUUCUCAGCGUUGCCGGCGGUACUGUCAAUGAUGUAUUCAGACCCGACAUGAUACAAGCGCCGAUGGUGGUUGUGUCGUUUUCUCCUUUUAUUGGCCCAAGCUUGGGGCCUUUGCUUGGCGGGUUCAUUAAUUACUACUCGACCUGGAGAUGGACGUACUAUGCGAUGAUUAUCUGGGCUUUCAUUUUGAUGGUGAUGGUCCUCGUUUUCGCCCCUGAAACCUACCAUCCAAUCAAGCUUCGCGAAAAAGCCAGACAUCUAAGAAAGGAGACUGGGGAUGAACGAUGGAAGGCUCCGAUGGAGAAAUCAACCAAGUCUGUGGUUAGGACCGUUGGAUAUUCCUUGCUACGCCCAUUCCAAUUGCUCAUCUUCGAGCCAAUGUGCCUACUGCUCUGCCUAUUCUCCGCCAUCUUACUUGGCGUUCUCUAUCUAUUUUUCGGGGCAUUUGGCUUAGUCUUCGGCGAUACGUAUGGCUUCAAUCUUUGGCAGACCGGCUUAAGUUUCCUUGGUAUAUUUGUCGGAAUGAUUUUGUGCUCUGCGACGGAUUCUAUAUGGCGUCGCACGCAUCAAAGGCUCCUGGCAAAAAACAACGGUAACCCCGAGCCUGAAUUCCGACUAUCACCUGCGAUCGCUGGGGCAGUCCUCGUUCCUAUCGGGUUGUUCAUCUUCGCAUGGACUGCGUAUCCGUGGGUCCACUGGAUUGUGCCUAUCAUUGGGUCAGGCAUUUUUGGCUGUGGUACGCUGAUGGUGUUCACCGGAAUAUUCACAUUUCUUGUGGACGCUUACCCACAAUACGCUGCUUCAGCUCUUGCCUCGAAUACCUUUACCAGGUGCAUGUUUGCUGCCGCCUUCCCUCUCUUUGGAAUACAGAUGUACCACAAGCUUGGUUACCAAUGGGGCUCGAGCUUACUUGCCUUUCUAACGGUAGCGAUGAUGCCAUUUCCAUAUUUAUUCUUCCGCUACGGGAAGCAAAUCCGAAGACAUAGUAGAUUUGCUACACAGAUAUAGACGUGGAUCUGAAUUUAUUAGCGG